UGUAUAAUCAAAAUCCAGUCACGUUGUUUCUUCUCCACCGACUCUCUCCGCAGCCAUGGCAGACCUGCAAAAGUACAGAGGCAAGCGAAAGCUCUUCAUCCUAGCAGCAAUGGCGUUACUGCUCCUCGUCGCUGUAAUCUCCGUCGCCGCCAUUGUCAGAUCGCAGAAGAAAUCGAACGCGGUCGCCGGAGAACUAGUGGUGAGGUCUACCUGCGCAAAAACUUUGUAUCCUGACCUAUGCUUCUCCACCGUGAAGGCGGCGACGGCGGCGACGGCGACGGAGUUAGCAGAUUUGAAGAAUCCUAGAGAGGUGCUGCUCACCGCUUUGAAUUACACGAUUUAUACAGUUGAGAGAAAUUACUUCACCGUGAAGAAAAUCGCCGCCGGAAGAGACCUAACGAAGCGAGAGAAGGCGGCGCUCCGCGACUGCCUGGAGAUGAUCGACGACACGCUGGAGGAGCUCCGUGAGAGCGAAUCGGAGCUGAGGAAUUUCGGAUUCAAAAACUACACCAUCGCCGAUCAUAAGGAGAAUUUAAUGACUCUGCUCAGCGCGGCGCAGACGAAUCAGGGUUCGUGCAUCGACGGUUUCUCGCACGACGACGCAGAUCGGAAAGUUCGUAAAGCUCUAAUCGCCGGUCAGAACCACGUUUUCCGACUCGUAAGUAACAUUUUAGCUAUAAUUAAACAUUUGAAGGAUUCUGAACUGGUGAUUAUCUCCUCCGCCGCUGCGAAUUCGUCCGAUUCGCCGGGGAGGAGGCUCGGAGAGAACAGAUCUGACUGGCCUAAGUGGCUCUCCGCCGGAGAUAGGCGGUUACUUCAGUCGACGACGGUUACAGCUGACGUGACGGUGGCGGCGGACGGUAGCGGAAACUAUCGCACCGUUUCGGAGGCGGUUGCGGCGGCGCCGAGCGGAAGUUCCCGGCGGUAUGUGAUUAGGAUUAAGGCUGGAGUGUACAGAGAGAAUGUGGAGAUUCCGAGGUCGAAGACGAAUUUGAUGUUCGUCGGAGAUGGAAGGACGACGACAAUUAUCACCGCCAAUCGGAACGUCGUCGACGGCAGUACCACUUUCCGGUCGGCCACCGUCGCGGUGGUCGGCGGCGGGUUCCUGGCCCGCGACAUAACCUUCCAGAACGCCGCCGGGCCGUCGAAGCACCAGGCGGUGGCCCUCCGCGUGAACGCCGACCUCUGCGCCUUCUACCGCAUCGACGUCCUCGGCUACCAGGACUCCCUCUACGUCCACUCCCUCCGCCAGUUCUACUCCGGCAGCCUCAUCGCCGGGACCGUCGACUUCAUCUUCGGCAACGCCGAGGCCGUCCUUCAGGACUGCGACAUCCACGCCCGCCGCCCUAACUCCGGCCAGCGCAACAUGGUCACCGCCCAGGGCCGCAGCGACCCCAACGAGAACACCGGCAUCGUCAUCCACCGCUGCCGCAUCGGCGCCACCUCCGACCUCCGGUCCGCCGCCGCCGGAUCGGUCGAGACCUACCUCGGCCGGCCGUGGAAGGAGUAUUCGAGGACGGUGGUGAUGAGGUCGGAGAUUAGCAACGUGAUACAUCCGGCGGGGUGGUAUGAGUGGAGCGGGGAUUUUGCGAAGGAGACUUUGUACUAUGCGGAGUAUCAGAAUACCGGCGCCGGCGCCGCCACCGGGGGGAGGGUGAAUUGGCCGGGGGUUAGGCGGCAGAUUUCGGCGGCAGAGGCGCAGCAGUUUACGGCGGGGAGGUUUAUCGGCGGCGGGAAUUGGCUGCCGGCCACCGGAUUCCCGCACACGCUUGGGCUUUGAUUUGAUUUGAUUGGUGAGUGGGGUUUUGGUUUGUUUACACGUGGGAAGUAAAUUGUAUUAUUAUUAUUAUUAUUAUUAUUAAUGUUUUUAUUAUUAUUUGAAAUAUAAAAAUAAAUUAUUGUUGUUUUUGUUCUGUUGAGUAAUUUGCUUUUCAAGUUUGUGUUUAUUGGAAUUUGUGUUUGGAAGGAUGUCGAAUUUUUGGCA